AUGGACCUGAUCCCAAAUUUUUCCCUGGCAAGCUGGGUUCUCCUGGCUACAAGCCUGGUGCUCAUCUAUCUAUAUGGAACCCAUACACAUGGACUGUUUAAGAAGAUAGGAAUUCCUGGGCCAACACCUCUGCCUUUGCUGGGAACUAUUACAGGAUACUUCAAGGGUUUUUGGGAUUUUGACAUAAAAUGUUAUAAAAAGUAUGGACGUAUGUGGGGGUUAUAUGACGGUCGACGGCCUCUGUUGGCUAUCACGGAUACAGACAUGAUCAAAACAGUGCUGGUGAAAGAAUGUUAUUCUUUCUUCACAAAUCGGCGGCCGUUUGGUCCAGUGGGAUUUAUGAAAAGUGCUGUCUCCAUAUCUGAGGAUGAAGAAUGGAAGAGAAUGAGAACGUUGCUGUCUCCAACCUUCACCAGCGGGAAACUCAAGGAGAUGUUUCCCAUCAUUGGCAAAUAUGGCGAUGUGUUGGUGAAAAACCUGAGACGGGAAGCAGAGAAAGGCAAGCCUGUCACCCUGAAAGACAUCUUCGGGGCCUACAGCAUGGAUGUGAUCACUGGCACGUCAUUUGGGAUAAACAUUGAUUCCCUCAACAACCCGCAAGAUCCCUUUGUGGAAAAAACAAAGAAGCUCUUUAGAUUAAAUUUCUUUGAUCCCUUUUUUUUAUUAAUCGUACUCUUUCCAUUCCUUACUCCAAUUUUUGAAGUAUUAGAUAUCUCUAUGUUUCCAAGACAUGUUACAGAAUUUUUUAAGGAUUCUGUAAAAAAGAUGAAAGAAAGUCGCCUCAAAGAUAAACAAAAGCAUCGAGUAGAUCUUCUUCAGCUGAUGAUUGACUCCCAGAAUUCUGAAGAAACACAGUCCCGUAAAG